AUGGCUUCAAACGAAUAUUACGGUGGCCAACCUCAGUACCCUCCUCAGGCCGCUCCUGGAUACCCACCGCAGGCUUAUCCUCCUCAAGGUCCUCCACCACAGGCGAUGGUCUACCAGCAGGCUCCCCCUCCUGUGCAGGAGAAGAAGAGUGGCAGCGGUGGCUUCUGCGCUGGCAUAUUGGCCGCACUAUGCUGUUGCUGCGCUUGCGACGCCUGCUGCGAUUGUUUGGAAUGUCUUUGCUAGGAGGGUUUCAUGGAGUUCUUUUCUAUUGUUAUAAUUGUUCGGUUUUCCUUUGGCUUUAACUGCCAGUCACUCUGCCCGCUCAUCAAGAUGAGGAAAUUGUGACACUAUUAUUUAUCCAUUUUUUCCCUCUUUUCCUUUGUUUUUUUUCCCCUCGCAGGCUAGAGCCAAUCCUACCGCGUUGGGGAAUGCAAAUUUCCCUUCACAUUUUUCCGCUUGCCACCUCUUCGGUGUGGGCAUGGUGAUGGGAUGGGUGUGUGUUUCGUCAUGUCAAUAGGUUUGAUCAGUCAGCAGCUGGCUGGGCGAGAGUGGGAACAGAGCUCCCCCCCUUUGAAACAAUUUCCCAUUUUGGUGUUUU